AUGGGGGACGCAUUGAUGGCAGAGUUUGGCGGUGCAGCUUCCUUUCUGCGUAAAUCUGACAAGGAGCGUAUGGAAUGCCAGACUAGACCCUUUGACAUAAAGAGACAGUGCUAUGUGCCUGACCCUGAGGUUGAGUACGUCAAGGCCAUAAUCACCAGCAGAGAUGGGGCUAAAGUCACCGCUGAUACUGAGUUUGGAAAGGUAAAUAUGUUGUUGAAAAGCAUUUCUAAAAAUAUAUGACCUGGAAAAUCAUAAAAUAAGAAAUGUUUCUACUAAGAUAACUCUAUGAUUGAUGGACAAUGAUUUAUAAACUGAAUUGAGUUAUGCACUUUACUGUUUUGUAUUUUUUUUUUAUCUUACAAGAGAUACUAAAGCAGAAUCCUUUAAAUCUUUAACUUUCAUGUAAAUUAGACAUUACAUAUUAAUGGGUGAUUUGUGAAAAUUCUAUGUUGUGUGUAAUCUCAAGUUAGGGUUUGUCUCAAACUGAAUAGCUCUGCACCUUGAAAAUUACACAAAACAAUUUAAUUUGCUCUUCUUUCAGACUGUUACUGUGAAGGAGGAUGACGUCCACCCCCAGAACCCGCCAAAGUUUGAUAAAAUUGAGGACAUGGCGAUGUUCACCUUCCUGCACGAGCCCGCUGUGCUGUUUAACCUCAAAGAGCGUUACGCAGCCUGGAUGAUCUACGUAAGUAAUGACCUGUCUGCUAAUAUCUCCAUUAAAUCAAUCAUUCAUUCAAAUGAAUUAAACUACAGUGGGGAAAAAAAGUAUUUAGUCAGCCACCAAUUGUGCAAGUUCUCCCACUUAAAAAGAUGAGAGAGGCCUGUAAUUUUCAUCAUAGGUACACGUCAACUAUGACAGACAAAUUGAGAUUUUCUUUUCCAGAAAAUCACAUUGUAGGAUUUUUUAUGAAUUUAUUUGCAAAUUAUGGUGGAAAAUAAGUAUUUGGUCAAUAACAAAAGUUUCUCAAUACUUUGUUAUAUACUCUUUGUUGGCAAUGACACAGGUCAAAUGUUUUCUGUAAGUCUUCACAAGGUUUUCACACACUGUUGCUGGUAUUUUGGCCCAUUCCUCCAUGCAGAUCUCCUCUAGAGCAGUGAUGUUUUGGGGCUGUCGCUGGGCAACACAGACUUUCAACUCGAUUUUAUAUGGGGUUGAGAUCUGGAGACUGGCUAGGCCACUCCAGGACCUUGAAAUGCUUCUUACGAAGCCACUCCUUCGUUGCCCGGGCGGUGUGUUUGGGAUCAUUGUCAUGCUGAAAGACCCAGCCAUGUUUAAUCUUCAAUGCCCUUGCUGAUGGAAGGAGGUUUUCACUCAAAAUCUCACAAUACAUGGCCCCAUUCAUUCUUUCCUUUACACGGAUCAGUUGUCCUGGUCCCUUUGCAGAAAAACAGCCCCAAAGCAUGAUGUUUCCACCCCCAUGCUUCACAGUAGGUAUGGUGUUCUUUGAAUGCAACUCAGCAUUCUUUGUCCUCCAAACACGACGAGUUGAGUUUUUACCAAAAAGUUAUAUUUUGGUUUCAUCUGACCAUAUGACAUUCUCCCAAUCCUCUUCUGGAUCAUCCAAAUGCACUCUAGCAAACUUCAGACGGGCCUGGACAUGUACUGGCUUAAGCAGGGGGACAGGAUUUGAGUCCCUGGCGGCGUAGUGUGUUACUGAUGGUAGGCUUUGUUACUUUGGUCCCAGCUCUCUGCAGGUCAUUCACUAGGUCCCCCCGUGUGGUUCUGGGAUUUUUGCUCACCGUUCUUGUGAUCAUUUUGACCCCACGGGGUGAGAUCUUGCGUGGAGCCCCCAGAUUGAGGGAGAUUAUCAGUGGUCUUGUAUGUCUUCCAUUUCCUAAUAAUUGCUCCCACAGUUGAUUUCUUCAAACCAAGCUGCUUACCUAUUGCAGAUUCAGUCUUCCCAGCCUGGUGCAGGUCUACAAUUUUGUUUCUGGUGUCCUUUGACAGCUCUUUGGUCUUGGCCAUAGUGGAGUUUGGAGUGUGACUGUUUGAGGUUGUGGACAGGUGUCUUUUAUACUGAUAACAAGUUCAAACAGGUGCCAUUAAUAGAGGUAACGAGUGGAGGACAGAGGAGCCUCUUAAAGAAGAAGUUACAGGUCUGUGAGAGCCAGAAAUCUUGCUAGUUUGUAGGUGACCAAAUACUUAUUUUCCACCAUAAUUUGCAAAUAAAUUCAUAAAAAAUCCAACAAUUUUUUUCUCUCAAUUUGUCUGUCAUAGUUGACGUGUACCUAUGAUGAAAAUUACAGGCCUCUCUCAUCUUUUUAAGUGGGAGAACUUGCACAAUUGGUGGCUGACUAAAUACUUUUUUUCCCCACUGUAAAUAUGCUUCCCCCUUGUCGUCGACAGACCUACUCAGGGCUGUUCUGUGUUACUGUCAACCCAUACAAGUGGCUGCCAGUGUACGAUCAGUCUGUUGUCAAUGCAUACAGAGGCAAGAAGAGGACAGAAGCUCCUCCUCACAUUUUCUCCAUCUCUGACAAUGCCUACCAGUACAUGUUGUCAGGUAAAAUAUAACAUUUCCUUUUCAUCUACAGAAAUCAAAUGAUAUUUGGAUAAUUACACAUUUACUGAUACUUCUCUUCCAACAGACAGGGAAAAUCAGUCUGUCCUUAUCACGUAAGUACAUCAACAAAAGGUUAUAUCCAUUUGAGGCUAUUUCAGAUUAAGAGGAAUUCUGAGAUAUCAACAUUUGUAUUUUCAAUCCCAGUGGAGAAUCCGGUGCUGGAAAGACUGUUAACACCAAGAGAGUCAUCCAGUACUUCGCCAGCAUUGCUGCUGUUGCCGGAAAGAAAAGUGCAGCAGAAGAAAAAAAGGUCAAGUAGAAUGCAAAUGUUCAUUAUUAUCGAUCCUAAAUUAAACAUUCUUCAUGGCUGGAUGAACAUUUGUUGACAAAAUGUAAUUUUAUUCAUAGAGUAUUGAUUUUCGUUGCAGCAUUUUAAUACUGUAUGGUUGUUGGUUUGUAGGGGACCCUGGAGGAUCAAAUCAUCCAGGCCAAUCCUGCCCUGGAGGCUUUUGGUAAUGCCAAGACCAUCAGGAAUGACAACUCCUCCCGAUUUGUACGUUUGGUCUUUGUUUGUCAAAUAUCAUUUAAAUCUUAUUAUACAUGUUCAGUGUUUCCCAUAUAUGGACCACCACUGUAAAAAAUAUGUAAUUUAAUAUAUAUAUAUUUCUGCCGAGACACGCUUUUAAAUGGAAAGUCAUUAGCUCAAUGACUGGGAACAGCUAGCAUUUCAUUACACUAAUGCUAGUAGCAAUGCACUUGAAUGAGCCUAUUUACAGUAUAAUACACAAGGUGCAAUUUCAAAAUUGUGUAGAGAAAAGGUUGCAGUUUUAAAGCAAGUUUGCUGCCAAUCUACACAUUUUGGAAGAUUGAGCCAUUUCAUAACUAAUUUUCAGUUUUAACAGCUAAUAUCCUGCAAUUCUACACAUUUUGCCAUAGGGUGGAGAGAAAUGUUUGCAGUUUUUAAUAUGAUAUUUGAGUGAGAGUGACUGGCCUCCAUCCCCAUCAAAGUUGUCCAUCCCUGCAUUACACCAUGCAAGCUCAAUCAAGUGCACCUAAAGUAUUCAAAAAGAAAACAAAUACUACUUGAACCAAGAUCUGGUGUGCUCAGUAAUUUCUGCUUUAACAAUCAUUUACAGGGUAAAUUCAUCCGAAUUCAUUUUGGAGUCACUGGGAAGCUUUCGUCUGCUGACAUUGAGACUUGUGAGUACAAUACUCAAUUUGUUCAGGCUUGAACAGAUCUAUUUGACAGGAAACACAUUAAUACCAAAAUAACUUUUCCAUACUUAUCAGAUCUUCUGGAGAAGUCACGUGUAACUUUCCAGCUCAAGGCUGAGAGAGACUAUCACAUCUUCUACCAGAUCCUGUCCCAAAAGAAACCAGAACUGCUGGGUGAGUAUUGAAUCAUCAAACUGAGUAGGGUUGAGGUCAAUUCUGGAUUAAACUGAAGAUUUCUGAUGAAAUCAAAUUAAAUUCUUAUGAUGUAGCCAGCCCAGGCAGUGUGCUACCCCCAUCCCUCCACUGUAAAACUCACAACACAAUAUAGCGUGAUUUAUGUUGGAACAUUUCCUUUGUCCAUAAAAAGUUGCAAUUAUUAAAAAGUCAUUUAAGCACACAACACUAAAACUGUAUAACAAUCUCCAACAGUUUAUUUUAAACGAUCCUGUCUAUUUAUAAUAUUACUGUUUUCUUAUUGCACAAAUCAUUUUUAAUUGACACCCAACCCUAAUACUGAGUAGAUUAUGUUAUGACCUAUACCACAGCACGAACACAGAUUAAAGUGUGCUGUUCAAUUCUUUUCAGAGAUGCUACUCAUCACUAGCAAUCCCUAUGACUAUGCCUUCAUCUCCCAAGGAGAGAUUGCUGUAACUUCCAUUAAUGAUGCAGAUGAACUAAUGGCUACUGAUGUGAGUAAAAUAUGUACAUAUACUGUAUAUGCAAUAACAUUUCACUUGUAUCCAACUCUCUCUCCAAUACAAAUCAAUGGCCUUUUGUUUCGGAACUAGGAUGCCUUUAAUGUGCUUGGCUUUGCCCAAGAAGAGAUUAAUGGCAUUUAUAAGUUGACUGGUGCCAUCAUGCACUACGGCAACAUGAAGUUCAAGAAUAAGCAGCGGGAGGAGCAAGCAGAGGCAGAUGGCACUGAGGGUGAGUGCUGAGGAUUUAAAACCUCCCUUCAAUAUACAGUCAUCUUUUAAAAAUCUGACAAUCAAUCAGAGUGCCUCUUCCAAUCAUAAAACGUUGCCUUUCCAGAUAUUGACAAAGCUGCAUAUCUGAUGUGCCUGAACUCUGCUGACGUGGUCAAGGGGCUGUGUAACCCAAGGGUCAAAGUUGGAAAUGAGUGGGUCACCAAAGGUCAGAAUGUCAACCAGGUGAGUCUACAAUUUUUUAAAAUAAUAUUAAGCAUAAAACGUGUCUAUAAAGUUGCUAGCUAAGAUGUUCCUACGUGUCAUUCCCCAUUGAGCAUGCUUUUUAGUCCAGGACUAGGCCUAAUCUGUGUCUAGGAAACUGUCCCUAUGUGUUUAUGUUGAGGCUAUGUUUUGGUAUUUUAUUUUACAUUUACAUUUACAUCAUUUAGCAGACACUCUUAUCCAGAGCGACUUACAAAUUGGUGCAUUCAACUUAUGAUAGCCAGUGGGACAACCACUUUAAAAAAUAUAUAUAUAUGUUUAUUGGGGGUGGGGGAAGAAGGAUUACUUUAUACUAUUCCAGGUACUCCUUAAUAUAUUUUCUCAAUAUUUUGUAGGUGUACUACUCUGUUGGUGCACUGGCAAAGAAAAUUUACGAGAACAUGUUCCUCUGGAUGGUGAUAAGAAUCAACCUUACUCUGGACACUAAGAACGCUCGUCAGCACUACAUUGGUGUGCUGGACAUUGCUGGCUUUGAGAUCUUUGAUGUGAGUGUUUGAUGUAUAUUUGAUAAAAAGGACAUCAUAAAAUGAUUUAUCUAAAACAUCACAGCUGACAAAAUAAAGUACCUGUGAACUUCUAUUUCAGUUCAACACCUUUGAGCAGCUGUGCAUCAACUUCACUAAUGAGAAGCUGCAGCAGUUCUUCAACCACCACAUGUUUGUGCUGGAGCAGGAAGAGUAUAAGAAAGAGGGCAUCGUCUGGGAGUUCAUUGACUUUGGCAUGGACUUGGCUGCCUGCAUUGACCUCAUUGAAAGGGUUGGUGUCUUCAGUUGUGCAGUAGUUUAUAUGAUGUGUACAGAGUAUUCUUUGAGAUUUUAAAGGCAAUCUUUAUAAAAUGUGCUUCCAUGACAAAUUAUUCUGAUAUUUAUUCACAAUGCUUUUCCCUUAGCAUUAAUUUAUUUUAAUUAAUUCCUUCCACUAGCCCAUGGGUAUCAUGUCCAUCCUUGAAGAGGAGUGCAUGUUCCCCAAGGCCAGUGAUUCUACAUUCAAAGCUAAGCUGUAUGAAAACCAUCUGGGCAAAAAUGCAUGCUUCCAGAAGCCUAGAAUGAUUAAGGGUAGGCCAGAGGCCCAUUUCUCCCUGGUUCACUAUGCUGGCAUUGUUGACUACAACAUUGGUAACUGGCUGGUGAAGAACAAGGACCCACUGAAUGAGACUGUGGUCGGACUGUUCCAGAAGUCAAGUCUUAAGUUCCUGGCCAACCUCUUUGCAACCUAUGCUGGUGCAGAAGCAGGUACUAUGUGUUUCUAUCUGCAAAAAAUCCCUAAAAUAAAUAGCAAUCCACAGUAUAUGAUAGUAGCAAUAAUAGUAUAUUUGAAUUGUUAUUUUAUUAUCAUACAGCUGCUGAAGAAAAAGCGGCUGGAGGAAAAAAGAAGAAAGGCUCUUCCUUCCAGACUGUGUCUGCAUUGCACAGGGUAAAUCUGAGCUUAGAUCAAUAUAUUUAGGAUGUUUUCACAUGGAAGAUUAUUAAAAAAUGUAUUAUAUUUGCGCAAAAUUUUAGAUAACAUGUGGUGGAUUGGCAUGUUAGCAUUAAAUGCCGUUAUGACUCGUGAGGUGAUUGGAAACUCAUUCACUGAUGGAAAAUUCUACAUUUGUCAUACUCACAGGAGAACUUGGGUAAACUCAUGACCAACUUGAGGUCUACUCACCCUCACUUUGUACGUUGCAUCAUCCCCAACGAGACCAAGACUCCUGGGGCCAUGGAGAAUCCUCUGGUCAUGCACCAGCUGCGCUGUAACGGUGUUCUGGAAGGCAUCAGGAUCUGCAGAAAGGGCUUCCCCAACAGGAUCCUGUAUGCUGACUUCAAACAAAGGUAAAAAUAAUUAUUCAUUUCCUUUCCAAAAUAAAUUAAACUGUUUAACUAUUCAGGUCUUCCAUUAUUGAAGAUAAUUGCUUUCUGAUUUAAAUUCAGAUACCGCAUCCUCAAUCCAAAUGCUAUCCCUGAGGGUCAAUUCAUUGACAAUAUGAAGGCAGCUGAAAAACUCCUGGGCUCUCUGGACAUUGACCACACCCAGUACAGAUUAGGACACACUAAGGUAAGUUAUUUAAAUAGAUGAAAAGCAAUAAGACCUGUUGGACCAGGAUGGAAAAAUAGCAGCAAUUAUCGGGGCCAAGCAGUAUAUUACCAAUACACCACCAUCCAGCCAACCUGAGCAAUGCCUCUUGAAAGAAUUGCUGCUAUAUGACUGAUCAUGCUUAUCUCAUGUCAUCUGUCUCUAGGGCAAAUGGGUCAAGUCAACAUAUACACAUUUAUACUUGGUAUAGCGCCACCAUGUAGUAGAUCCAGAUCUACAGUAGCAAUUAAAAGCCUAGUGGCCAUGAUGUUUGAGAUAGACUUCAGUGUUAAUUUUGUCCCCUAUUUUUUAAUUUAGUUUUAGUCUUAGUUUUUAUGACUAAAAUACGUUUUAGUCUUAGUCCCAUUUUAGUAAUUUCACCCUUCUUAGUUUUAGUUAUUAUCAGUCGACUAAAAUUCUGGACAAUUUUUUUCUUAGUCACAGUCAUUUAAGUCACAUAUUAUUCAGUGCAUUCUUUUUCCAUGAAAUAAUGAAUAUUUACCUCUAACUUCCAUCACAUGCAAAUUCAGAUAGCCUUGUCCAACUAGUCCUACUAUCCCAUCAUAUACAGUGGCUUGCGAAAGUAUUCACCCCCUUUGGCAUUUUUCCUAUUUUGUUGCCUUAAAACCUGGAAUUAAAAUUGAUUUUUUGGGGGGUUGUAUCAUUUGAUUUACACAACAUGCCUACCACUUUGAAGAUGCAAAAUAUUUGUUAUUGUGAAACAAACAAAAAAUAAGACAAAAAAACUGAAAACUUGAGCGUGCAUAACUAUUCACCCCCCCAAAGUCAAUAUUUUGUAGAGCCACGUUUUGCAGCAAUUACAGCUGCAAGUCUCUUGGAGUAUGUCUCUAUAAGCUUGGCAAAUCUAGCCACUGGGAUUUUUGCCCAUUCUUCAAUGCAAAACUGCUCCAACUUGUACAAGUUGGAUGGGUUCCACUGGUGUACAGCAAUCUUUAAGUCAUACCACAGAUUCUCAAUUGGAUUGAGGUCUGGGAUUUGACUAGGCCAUUCCAAGACAUUUAAAUGUUUCCCCUUAAACCACUCGAGUGUUGCUUUAGCAGUAUGCUUAGGGUCAUUGUCCUGCUGGAAGGUGAACCUCCGUCCCAGUCUCACAUCUCUGGAAGACUGAAACAAGUUUCCCCUCAAUAAUUUCCCUGUAUUUAGUGCCAUCCAGCAUUUCUUCAAUUCUGACCAGUUCCCAGUCCCUGCUGAUGAAAAACAUCCCCACAGCAUGAUGCUGCCACCACCAUGAUUCACUGUGGGGAUGGUGUUCUCGGGGUGAUGAGAGGUGUUGGGUUUGCGCCAGACAUAGCGUUUUCCUUGAUGGCCAAAAAGCUCAAUUUUAGUCUCAUCUGACCAGAGUACCUUCUUCCAUAUGUUUGGGGAGUCUCCCACAUGGCUUUUGGCGAACACCAAACAUGUUUGCUUAUUUUUUUUCUUUAAGCAAAGGCUUUUUUCUGGCCACUCUUCCGUAAAGCCCAGCUCUGUGGAGUGCACGGCUUAAAGUGGUCCUAUGGACAGAUACUCCAAUCUCCGCUGUGGAGCUUUGCAGCUCCUUCAGGGUUAUCUUUGGUCUCUUUGUUGCCUCUCUGAUUAAUGCCCUCCUUGCCUGGUCCGUGAGUUUUGGUUGGCGGCCCUCUCUUGGCAGGUUUGUUGUGGUGCCAUAUUAUUUCCAUUUGUUAAUAAUGGAGUUAAUGGUGCUCCGUAGGAUGUUCAAAGUUUCAGAUAUAUUUUUUUAACCCAACCCUGAUCUGUACUUCUCCACAACUUUGUCCAUGACCUGUUUGGAGAGCAUCUUGUUCUUCAUGGUGCCUCUUGCUUGGUGGUGCCCCUUGCUUGGUGGUGUUGCAGACUCUGGGGCCUUUCAGAACAGGUUUAUAUAUACUGAGAUCAUGUGACAGAUCAUGUGACACUUAGUUAAAUAAAGUCCACCUGUGUGCAAUCUAACUAUGUGACUUCUGAAAGUAAUUGGUUGCACCAGAUCUUAUUUAGGGGCUUCAUAGCAAAGGGGGUGAAUACAUAUGCACGCACCACUUUUCCUUUAUUUAUUUUUUAGAAUUUUUUUAACAAGUAAUUUUUUUCAUUUCACUUCACCAAUUUGGACUAUUUUGUGUAUGUCCAUUACAUGAAAUCUAAAUAAAAAUCAAUUUAAAUUACAGGUUGUAAUGCAACAAAAUGGAAAAACUCCAAGGGGGAUGAAUACUUUUGCAAGACACUGUAGCUGGCACAUUGUUAUUGUGGCAGAUUGUAACCAAUGCCAGCCAUGAUUUACCAUAUAGCCUAGGCUACAAAGUCUUGGCUACAUUAAACAAGAUAGGUAUACAGAUAUUUUCUUCCCAUAAUACAUUUAGGAUGGUAGUGAAGUAACAGUGAUUCCUAUAAAAAGGGGAAAAAUCUUUACUUUCCAACAAUGCCAGAAAUAUUACUGCACUGCUAAUAUUCAGCAAAUAGGACUAAUAUUUCUAAUAAAAAAUUUAAAAAACUACACUCACAUUUGCGGAAAGCAAGAGCGGCAACACAGAUGUUUAUGAGUGCACAGCCUUCAUGAAAGUAAGAGAGGUUAAACAUGAUUGUUUCUAGUUUAGGUUAGUUACAAUUGAAGUGUCGUCGCAGUCUAUCAGUUCAAAAGAUUGAGGAGUGACUGAAAUGACUGCCGAGAGCUGUGUGGGAGAGCCGGGCAGAUUAGCUCAAUCAGACCGCGCAAUCAGACCGCGCAAAUUUAAUGCCCAUUAGUCUCACGUGAAAUUCAAGUCUCGUCACAUUUUCAACUAAAAUGAAUCCUCAUUUGUUACAGUUUUAUCGUCUUUUGUUUUCUUCAGGGAAAAUAGGUAAUUGACAAAUAUUUUUUGUCAUAGUUAUUGUUAACAGAAAUGAACACGGUUAGACUUUCUGUACAUGUUUUCAAAGACCUUGCCAAAUUUUGUAACUCUCGGGUCAACAUAAUGGGACUGAAGUUAUAAAAUCAAUUGCACACAGGGCCAACUUGUGGUCAAUUUGUGACAUUUUUGUACAGAGACAAGAAAUCAGCAAUCUAAACAUGACUACCAAGUUUUGUAAAUCUGGGGGAUUCCACAUUCAAGUUAUUUAUGGUCAACUGAGUGGUGCAGCGGUCUAAGACACUGCAUCUCAGUGCUUGAGGCGUCACUACAAACACCCUGGUUUGAUUCCAGGCUGUAUCACAACCGGCCGUGAUUGGGAGUCCCUUUGGGCGGCGCACAAUUGGCCCAGCGUCGUCAGGGUUUGGCCGGUGUAGGCCGUCAUUGUAAAUAAGAAUUUGUUCUUAACUGACUUGCCUAGUUAAAUAAAGGUAAAAAAAAAAAGAAAAAUACAAUCCUACCAAAUACGAGACAAUCCAAGCACCACAUUAUGGCCUUUGUGUAUCUUUAGGUGUUCUUCAAGGCUGGUCUCCUGGGUCUACUUGAGGAGAUGAGAGACGAUCGUCUUGCUCUUAUCAUCACUGGCCUCCAGGCCCGAUCACGUGGUCUAAUUGCCAGAAUUGAGUUCCAGAAAAUGGUUGACCGCAGGUUGGAAUAAGAAUAAACAAAACUUCUGCAGACAAUAUGGUGAAGGUGGAAAAGGUUGUAUAACAAGCUAAUUAUAUUCAAUUUCACAGGGAUGCCUUGCUUGUGAUCCAAUGGAACAUUCGUGCCUUCAUGGGUGUCAAGAAUUGGCCCUGGAUGAAGAUGUUCUUCAAGAUCAAACCUCUGCUGAAGUCAGCAGAGACUGAGAAGGAGAUGGCCAACAUGAAGGAAGAAUUCCUGAAGCUUAAAGAGGCUUAUGCUAAAAGUGAAACCCGUAGAAAGGAGCUGGAAGAAAAGAUGGUGUCCCUUCUCCAAGAGAAGAAUGACCUGCAGCUCGCUGUCCAAACUGUGAGUAACUUUAACUGCAUUGCAGUUGGUGCAUUCACAUCCUUUGUCAAAAUGGCCUUUCCUAGUUAGCUUUUUAGCUAACUAGAGAAAUUGAAAAAGAAGAGACAUGAUUUGCUAAAUAGAUACGUACAAUCAGCAUUUGUCGAUCAUUUGUAGUGUCCAAAUAUUUUGCCACCAAACUAACUUUGGAGCUUUGGAGAAUUUUAUGUACUUACAAUAUAUGACACAUUGACAGUCAGAAGACACUAUUGGUGAUGCUGAAGAGAGAUGUGAGGGUCUGAUCAAGAGCAAAAUCCAGCUUGAGGCCAAAGCCAAAGAGCUGACAGAAAGACUGGAGGAUGAGGAGGAGAUGAAUUCUGAGCUAACUGCUAAGAAGAGGAAGCUGGAGGAUGAGUGCUCAGAACUCAAGAAGGACAUUGAUGACCUGGAGCUCACUCUGGCUAAAGUGGAGAAGGAAAAGCAUGCCACAGAGAACAAGGUAAACGUUUAUCUUUAUUAUUGUGUUGUUACAGAGUCUGGUGUAGCGGUUUAAGAUCCGGACCACACAUGCCCCCUUGGUUCGAGCCCCAGCUUGGUCAACUGUCUUUGCCCUUAACUUUCUGCACCCCUCUCUAUGUCUAUCUCUCACUCUGUAUUUAUAUCUGUCCUGUCAAUAAACACUCAAAUACGUAAGAUCGGAUUUCUUAUCUCCUAAAAAUAAAAAUCGAAUUAAGUGGCUUGGAGGAAAGUGUAAGGACACUGUUCUGUUUCCUUAGGUUAAAAACCUGACUGAGGAAAUGGCAGCUCUGGAUGAAAUCAUUGCCAAGCUGACCAAGGAGAAGAAGGCUCUGCAGGAGGCUCAUCAGCAAACGCUGGAUGACUUGCAAAGUGAGGAGGACAAAGUCAACACGCUGACCAAGGCCAAAGCCAAACUGGAACAGCAAGUUGAUGAUGUGAGUAUCAAAUAGUAAUUCAUAAAAAUUACAACAAAAUUAGUAAUAUCCUAAAUAUAGACUACAGUAAAUUGCUUACUCAGAAUAUUGUUUAAUAUAUCCUUUAUCAGCUUGAAGGGUCUCUGGAGCAAGAGAAGAAGGUGAGAAUGGACCUUGAGAGAGCCAAGAGAAAGCUGGAGGGAGACUUGAAGUUGACCCAGGAGAGCCUAAUGGACCUGGAGAAUGACAAGCAGCAGCUGGAGGAGAGAAUGAAGAAGUAAGAUCACAACCCACAAAAUCUCAUGAAUAGUUAUUGUACAGAAAGUGCUAAAAUGUUUGCUUUACUUAUCAGGAAGGACUUUGAGAUGAGCCAACUCAACAGCAAGAUUGAGGAUGAGCAGGCCAUGAGUGCCCAGCUUCAGAAGAAACUGAAGGAGCUGCAGGUAUUUCAAUAGCAUUGUUGAAAAGGGAAUAUUUCUGUUACAACUGUUUAUGUUCUGAUCUUACCAGAAAAUUUGAAUUCCUACCAUUUCAGGCCCGCAUUGAGGAGCUGGAGGAAGAGCUGGAGGCUGAGAGGGCUGCCCGUGCCAAGGUGGAGAAACAGAGGGCAGAUUUGUCCAGAGAGCUAGAAGAGAUCAGUGAGAGGUUGGAGGAGGCUGGUGGUGCUACUGCUGCCCAGAUUGAGAUGAACAAGAAGAGGGAGGCUGAGUUCCAGAAGGUGCGCAGAGACCUUGAAGAAGCUACUCUGCAGCAUGAGGCUACAGCUGCAACUCUGAGGAAGAAAAAUGCUGACAGUGUAGCUGACCUGGGAGAACAGAUUGACAACCUUCAGAGAGUGAAGCAGAAGCUGGAGAAAGAGAAGAGUGAGCUCAGGCUGGAGCUGGAUGAUGUGGUCUCCAACAUGGAGCAGAUUGUCAAGUCCAAAGUAUGUGGUAUCAUUGGUAAAUCUAAAUAAAAUGUUUUCUAUACAUGCUUUUUAAAGAUGCAAUCUAGUGACGCUGUUCUGUCAUUCAAAACCAAAUCUGUUUUUAGACAAACUUGGAGAAAAUGUGCCGCACUCUAGAGGACCAGAUGAGUGAAUACAGGACGAAAGCUGAGGAAGGACAGCGAUCCAUCAAUGAUUUCACCAUGCAGAAAGCAAAGCUUCAAACUGAGAAUGGUAUAUUAAAAACAAACCUGGACAUUCACAUGAACAGCCACAAUAAAUAACCAGAUUAAGUAAUAUAAUUUAAAAUAAUUUGAAUUGCAUGAAAACAGGUGAAUUUGCCAGACAGUUGGAGGAGAAGGACUCUCUAGUCUCCCAAUUGACCAGAGGUAAGCAGUCCAACGUUCAGCAGAUUGAAGACCUCAAGAGACAACUGGAGGAGGAAGUCAAGGUAUUGAUACAAAGAAUGCAGUGUCCUUUAUCCAACUACAUCUAUCCUCAGGCAUAAUUACAGAUCCUUUCUCAAAUGUCCUUACCAGGCAAAGAACGCACUUGCCCAUGCAGUGCAGUCUGCUCGCCAUGACUCAGAUCUGCUGAGGGAGCAGUAUGAGGAGGAGCAGGAGGCCAAGGCUGAGCUGCAGCGUGGCAUGUCCAAGGCUAAUGCUGAGGUGGCUCAGUGGAGAACCAAGUAUGAAACUGAUGCCAUCCAGAAGACUGAAGAGCUUGAGGACGCAAAGUAAGGAAGUUUUCUUACUUUCUCUUACUUUUCAGGCUAUUGAACCUUGGCUGAUAGGGCGAUACACAAAUGUACAUGAUGAAUAAAUAAUACAUUGAUUACCUGUUAAACAACCAUUAUACUUUAUUUCAGACAGAAAAAAGGUAGCUGUUCUGAAAUGUGUUUCUCAUCUAUGCCAAUCUAGGAAGAAGCUGGCUCAGCGUCUGCAGGAUGCAGAGGAAGCUGUGGAAGCUGUUAAUGCUAAAUGUUCAUCCCUGGAAAAGACUAAACACAGACUCCAGAAUGAGAUUGAAGAUCUCAUGGUGGAUGUGGAGAGAUCCAAUGCAGCUGCUGCCUCUCUGGACAAGAAGCAAAGGAACUUUGACAAGGUAAGAAAAAAACAUAUGUAAUAUGUAAUAACAUAUGUAAUACACAAGUCCUAUUAGCCUUCAUUAUAGUACAUGAGGGGCGACAGGUAGCCUAGUGGUUCAAGAAGCAUCUGAAUCCCAGCUCAGAUGAGAAAAUGUGGUGUUGAGUGAGCUAGCAACCAGAAUGUUUCUGGCAUCAUCUUACAUACUACCAUCGCCUGCCAUUGUGCAAUUGAACAAGGCACUUAACCCCUAUAAUUGCUCCAGCUGCACUGCGGCUGACCCAUUGCUUCAGACCCUGUGUGUCUCGGGGGGUUGGGUUGUGAGUUCUCGUUAAGUUAAUGGACAAUAAAGAACAUCUUAUCUUAAUCAUAUACUGCAUUCUAACUACCUAAAAUACCUGUAUAACUUCCAGGUCCUGGCUGACUGGAAGCAGAAGUUUGAGGAGUCUCAGACUGAGCUGGAGAGCUCCCAGAAAGAGGCCAGAUCUCUCAGCACUGAGCUCUUCAAACUCAAGAACUCUUAUGAGGAGUCUCUGGAUCAUCUGGAGACCAUGAAGAGGGAGAACAAGAACCUCCAAGGUCAGAGCAUGAGCAUUAUUAGCCUAUAUAACUAAGUCAACGAAAGAUCGAUAUGUAAUAGAGAUUAUGGAUGUGAAUGUUUAAAACGGAAUUGAGAUCGUUUACGUUAAGUUAAGAAAAAAACAACAAAACGAAAAACAAGGUUUGUGUUUUUUUCCACAAAAUGUAAAUCACAGUGCAGUUAUCACAAAACAUAUUAUUUGCCGUGUUAUAGCCAAACUAGACAAUAAGCUAUAAAAGGCCUGGGGUUCGUUGUGUAAUUUAAAUAAAACCAGAGAGGAAGAAGCAAACUUUAGGUCAAUUUACAGAUUACCAAGACAUAUGAGAAAGGUUAUUUCUACCUGCCCCGUCCUCUCCCUCGCGCUGGCUCGCUUACUGUUUCUCUUUGCGAAUGUGUCAGUCUUCGGUCUGUUGCAUGUAGAAUAUCCUAGCCUAUUCAUUGAUAGGCCCUGCUUUACUGAAGUUUCAAGACAUUGCAAGCCAAGAAAUUGCGAGAUACAGCAUUCCAUUGAGAGAUCCAGCUUUUGAUUACCCAAUAGAUAGGCCAAGUGCACGGUUCUGACUGUCUGCCUAGUGGCGGACCUGCCUAUAAUGUGCCACUUCCCUCUCUCUCCGUCCCUCGCUAGCUCGCUAGUGUUCUCGGAAGUACGGUAACUGAUCAGUCUCCUCCUUUCCAAAAAUACUGAAUUUUAGGAGUUGAGGAGUCGCGGAAUCUAAUCUUCACACUCAGAAAUGGGAGUUGACACCGGGAGAUGAAGUGCAAGGAGUCGAGGAAUCAAUUAUUUUGGAGUCGACUCUCCUCCACUACGUCAUCGUCAUUAACAGUUUGAAAAAUGACAAAGGCAAGCGACAGCAGUGAAGUCCUGUAUGGUAAUACUUUGACAAGUUAAAUGAGAAGGUGGUGAAAUGCAAACUUUGCGAGUUGGAAUUGAGGUACAGUAAUGGUAGUACUGCUGCAAUGCUUAACCAUCUGAAAGGGACGCACUGUGAGACCCAAACCGUUGCUGGCAGCAACACAGCUGCAGUGUGAAUUCACGUGGAAUUGUAUGAAUUUUUGUUAUCGUUUUAACGGAAAACUGAUACAAAAUCUCAGAUUAAACGUUAGCAUUUUUUUCCCAUUUGCCUGAUCCCUAAUCAAGAAUAGUUAUCACAAAACGAUUCCGAUGUACAAUUAUAUUUUUCCACAGAGGAAAUUUCUGACCUGACUGAGCAGCUUGGUGAGGGAGGAAAGAGCAUCCACGAACUGGAAAAGAUCCGUAAACAGCUGGAGCAGGAGAAGGCUGAGAUACAGUCUGCUCUAGAGGAAGCUGAGGUGAGAAUAUAAAAUAUUUACAGAUUGUGAAAGUACCAACAUUUAAUUUUAAGAUUUUACAAACUAUGGGUGGCUGUGUUCUCAUAGGGCUCCCUGGAGCAUGAGGAGGGCAAGAUCAUGAGAGCUCAGCUGGAGUUUAAUCAGGUGAAAGCUGACAUUGAACGGAAACUGGUGGAGAAGGAUGAGGAAAUGGAGAUGAAUAAGAGGAACCAGCAGAGAGUUGUGGAUACCCUGCAAAGCUCCCUGGAGUCAGAGACUCGCAGCAGGAAUGAAGCUCUCAGGCUGAAGAAGAAGAUGGAGGGAGAUCUCAAUGAGAUGGAGAUCCAGCUCAGCCAGGCCAACAGGCAGGCAUCCGAGGCCCAGAAGCAACUUAAGGGUCUCCAUUCCCAUCUGAAGGUAAUACUUCCACACCAUUGAAUUAAAAACAUUGCUUGUGCAUUCAGAAAAAGCCAAACCACACUGUGAAACAAUACAAUAAAUAUAGUAAAAUCUAUUCUCUCUACAGGAUUCUCAAAUGCAGCUGGAUGAUGCUCUUCGUAGCAAUGAUGACCUGAAGGAGAACAUUGCCAUUGUGGAGAGACGCAACAACCUGAUUCAGGCUGAACUGGAUGAGCUGAGAGCCCUGGUGGAGCAGACUGAGAGAGGCCGCAAACUGGCUGAGCAGGAACUGCUGGAUGUUAGUGAGAGAGUUCAGCUGCUGCACUCACAGGUAAGACAGUAAUAUAGAACAAUUAGGGUUCUCCUUAAAUAUCUGCUACUUGAGGUAUGUAGAGGUAAUAUACAAAUCAUUUGUCAUAUAUACUGUAUGUGUAGAACACCAGCCUACUGAGCCAGAAGAAGAAGCUAGAGGGCGACACAUCCCAACUUCAGAAUGAAGUGGAGGAGGCUGUGCAGGAGUGCAGAAAUGCUGAGGAAAAGGCCAAGAAGGCCAUUACUGAUGCUGCCAUGAUGGCAGAGGAGCUGAAGAAGGAGCAGGACACCAGUGCUCACCUGGAGCGCAUGAAAAAGAACAUGGAGCAGACUAUCAAGGACCUGCAGCACCGCCUGGAUGAAGCUGAACAAAUCGCCAUGAAGGGUGGCAAGAAGCAGAUCCAGAAGCUGGAGGCCAGAGUAUGUGUCUAAGCUACAUUCUCUUCUAUUAAUUCAAUGUCACAUUUCAUAUUUCUAGACAUAUUUCUAUCUUCAAUAUUGAAAGUAGUGGUAACUAACAAAAUAAUUGGAAAUGGUGUGUUAACAUCGAUCAUGUAUUUUUAGGUGAGAGAGCUAGAGAGUGAAGUGGAAAUGGAGCAAAGGAGGAGCAGUGAUUCUGUGAAAGGAGUCCGUAAAUAUGAGAGACGCAUCAAGGAGCUCACAUACCAGGUACAUCAUAAACUUUAAGUUGAAAGUGCACUAUUAACAUGUUCAGAAUCAAAUGUAAAAUGUAUACUGUAUUCAGUAUGACGCUAUUUUUUCCAUUAUUUUUGGGUGCAGACUGAGGAAGAUCGUAAGAAUUUGAGCCGUCUGCAGGACCUGGUGGACAAACUGCAGCUGAAGGUCAAAUCCUACAAGAGAACUUCAGAGGAGGCUGUAAGUAACCUUCUAACUGAUGCAUUUGUAAUUCUCAAAUUGUUUUGUUUACUAGAAACUUAAAUCAUGUUUUUUUUAAUUCACAGGAGGAACAAGCCAAUGCCAAUUUGGGCAAGUUCCGUAAGAUUCAGCAUGAACUGGAUGAGGCAGAAGAGAGGGCUGAUAUUGCUGAGUCUCAGGUCAACAAGAUGAGAGCCAAGAGUCGUGAUGCCGGUUCCAAG